GGAAUUAGAAUUUGGUUUAUGACAUUGCAUGUGCUAGAUAGUUACAGGCACAGCACUAAUACUCUAGGAUGGUGAUCCUGGUAAAUACUACAUUACCGUACCUGUGUAAAAGGCUGAUAGCGUCCCUGUGAUCUGUACAGUAUUUCUGUUAAACUAGUGCAUUGACUGAGUAGAACAUGGUUAAACAGACACACCACUAAGGCACCGCCUCAGUCUUUCCUCCUCCUCCCAUUCUCUCGUAUCACUUCACACCUCAUCAGCUUCUGUAGUCAAUCAUUUGACGCCCACCGCAGUGAAAUCACUUCCUACCUUUCCAGAUGGGUUUUGACCGUCACUCCCAUUUAUUUCACCUGAGAAACUUCUCGUAUUUUUCCUUCUUUUCGGAUCUGCACCAGCCCUAUGAUGUCGUCAGUACUAUUGUGGAGACCUUGGCUAUCUCCACGGUCUUCCUCGUUUCUCUGGCAGCCAACGCAGCAGCUGCAGCCUUGGUAACCUGGGAACGCAGAGCGCUGGCCAACAAGACCAUCCUGACCCUCAACCUGUUUGUGGCUGACCUGCUGUUUGUCAGCACCAUCCCGGUGAUCGUGGCAGCGCGCUGGACCGUGUCCUGGACUCUGGGGCAUAACACCUGUCACACGUUGCUCUAUGUCAUCUGCAUGAGUGGCUGUGUCACCAUCACCACCCUGGCCUGCAUCAGCGUCGAGCGGGUCCAGGCUGUGCUUCAGCUGCAGGCUGUGCCCACUCUAAACUCCAGGAUGGUAACUGGCGCAGUCAUCUUUAUAUGGGCCUUUUCUGCACUCACCACUUUACCCCUCAGUCUAUUCUUUACUGUGACUGAAGUGUAUGUCCACGAGCAGGAACAUCUACACAUUUGUACUCUUAUGUGGCCUGACACAGCUGGUGAGAUUGUGUGGAGCGUUACCUUUUCCGCCCUGUGCUUCUUUCUUCCUGGGCUUGUAAUCAUGAUCAGUUACUGCAAAAUCCUACAGAUUGCUAAAAGUUACAGGCAAAGGUUCCAGACCCAGCACAGGCGGCCCACAGUGGGAGGCCCGGUUGAGUACAUGAUCUCCAGACAGGAUAUGAGGCUCUUCCGCACCCUGCUGGUCCUGGUGCUGUCUUUCUUCAUCAUGUGGAGCCCCAUUUUCAUCAUCACCUUCUUCAUCCUGGCCAGAAACUUCCUGGGUUACCUGUACGUCUCCUCCACGGUGUUCUUCUGGGUGGUCACGUUCACGCUGGCCAACUCGGCGCUCAACCCCAUCCUCUACUCUGUGUGCCAGUUCAAAAGCCACUGGCGUAGGUUGUGCUGUGGUUCGGCGGUUGUACCACUAAGAGGUGAAACUUUUGGCGCUCCGCGAAAACAGCAGAUUCAUCCAUGAUUUUGAUGACUGUUGCAUCUAGUAGAAGCAUAAAGCAGAUGAAAUAUCAAAUACUCUGUAGUUCUUGUGUAGCAUUAGUUCAUUUAUUUCACGCCUUUACUGGUUUGAUGCCCCUGAAAAACUUUAAAAUUAACAUUAAACCUGCAAAUUGUAAAGAAAACUGCAUAAUUAUAAUAAAUCAUUCCCAAUGCUUUUUAAGGGUUUAAACGCUUUAUAUUAACACAAAUAGGCACAUUUACUCUGGGGCAGCACCUGCAGGGUAAUUAAUUAACUCAUUACAAAUGAUUAGUUAUACAAAUGAGGCCACUUGUGACACAGACUGUGACACAGUCAUUAGUGAUCCCUGGGAUCCCUGUGCUCACUGAGCCCCGCUUCAUGAACUGCAGCUCUGUCCUGAGUGCUCAUCCUGUCCUGCUCAUCUGAUUGGAGCAUCUGAGUUUCUUUAUCCAAAUCUAACAAAUAACGAAGGCAUUCUUUGACAGAAGUGCAGUUUUCUGAGUAAUAGUAAAACACAAUCACAGCUGCUUUUAAUAGGAAGGUAAUAGAAACAAGGGUUCCACCACCCGCUGAGCUGGGUUCAAACCCAUGCUCAUAAAAGUAGAUGCAACCAAUAACACCUGCAUGAAUGUCGCUAGAGGUUUACUGGUGAAUGCUGCAGAUAUUUUGACCUGCAUUAGAGCAGAGGAACACAGUGAACAUUAAUGCACUGAUUUGUUUAUGGCAAAUCUUUGUGAGGGUAUUUGUAAAUAAGGAGAUAUGUUCUUCACUGUCUACCUACCGUAUAUGAUCAUACCUUUGAUAAGUUUGAAAUCUCAUAAAUCAGUGCACCUCUGGCUCCAGUUAGCUCCACAUUUCCCUCUAGUGGGAGGUGAACCCAUAAGGAGGCUUUCAGGCAGUGUAUUUGUCUCUACACCUACAAAAAAUACUUCGUGUCUUUAAUGAACGCAUGCAUAUUCAUUUUGUGAUAUACUGAGUUUGAAAAAGCAAACAACUGAUUCUGGAGACUGUAAAAUGUCAGCGGCUCCAGACUAAGGCAUAUCAGUAGCUGGGGCCAAACACUAGACAGAGUGUGUUUCAUUCGGAAGAUGAAUGAUGACAUUUACAAUGCAGAGACACUAGUCAUCAUCUUGUAGCGCAACAAUAAUACACAGUGUUCUCCAUGCAGCCCAGGACCAAUGUGUGAAAAAAGACAUUUGUUGUUUUCCAUUGUGCUCAGUGUUUUCACAUCCAGAUGUUCCACUGUGUGUUUCCUGUAACUAAAUUAUUAAUAUUCUUCAGUCGUUCAUAAAUGAUCCUUUCUUAUUGGUAACAGCUGCAUUACCUCACUGUGAAACCCAACCCGGCCCGUCUAAACACAUGCUUUCAGAUUUCAGUAAAUGAAAUCAUAGCGUGGUACAGGAUAUCAAAUGUAGUCCCGUAAGGGAAAGAGAGCAACACAUAUUUAUAAGGAGAGCUUUUAAAAGCCCAGCACAUGUUUCUUCCCGAAAGCCUGUGACGUAUGUGGGCCUACGAGGCCGUGAGUAAACACAUUAAUCUUACAACUCUGCAGGGAUAGAGGAAAUAAUAUAAUGAUGGAUGGAAGAACACAUCGUAGCUCCAGGAGGAUGUACUGUACAUCCAGGUAUAAGUCCAGGUCCAGCACAGCUGAAGAGAGCACUUCUUUGUUAAUGCGUCUUUUAAAAGCGGAACAAACAUGAAAUCAAGUGCUGGAUUGAGGCAGAGCAGAUGUCUGACAGGCGGGCUUCCCUACAUGACAGGUACAUUACAGUGCGUGUAUGCGUCUACCAGUCACCAUGGCAACCGCGUGCAAACCAGGAAAUAACGCCAAAAUGCGCCCAACGCUGUGACCAAAGGCAAAACACGGGUUCUUGGGGCACUGGUAGCAUGUCGCCCGCAGGUUCCGUUGGGCUCAGGACGUUGGCACCGCCGUUAAGCGUGCUGUGCCCGAACCGCCGCCCUAUUUCUAUCGCGGCAAUUAAUUGUCUCCGGGUUUCCCAACCCGCUUCCCGCAUUGAGGACCC